AACGGCUACGGAGUUUAAACCCAAGCCCUGACCCCGAGCGCCGGGCUCCGGGAGCUGAGUGGUGGUCCCACCACGCUGAAAAAGCGUGAUGGAGUACCCAGUGAUGGAAACUGGUUCACUUUUUACCUCAGGAAUUAAAAGACAUGUGAAAGAGAAAAGAAUUUCAAAGGCUACUAAGUUGAAUGUUUCUCUUGCUUCAAAAAUCAAAACAAAAAUACUAAAUAAUUCUUCUAUUUUCAAAAUUUCUUUAAAGCACAACAACAGGGCAUUAGCUCAGGCUCUUAGCAGAGAGAAAGAGAAUUCUCGAAGAAUUACAACUGAAAAGAUGCUAUUGCAAAAAGAAGUGGAGAAACUGAAUUUUGAGAACACAUUUCUUCGUCUAAAGCUAAAUAAUUUGAAUAAGAAGCUUAUAGAAAUAGAAGCACUCAUGAACAAUAGCUUGAUAACUGCAAUUGAAAUGAGCACUCUUUCUGAGUUCCAUGAGAGUCCCUUUCUUCUGCCAAGUAGCAAGAAGAAACGGGUUAGUAAACAGUGCAAAUUGAUGCGUCUUCCAUUUGCAAGGGUUCCAUUAACUUCAAAUGAUGAUGAUGAUGAAGAUAAAGAAAAAAAGCAGUGUGACAAUAUCAUGUCAAAGACAUCACCUGAUAGCCCCUCUUUGGUAUCAACUCAGCAUAACUUGGAAUUGUUAUUUCUUAAAGAAAAUGAUCAGAAUGUUUGUGGUGUAAAUGAUUCCAAACACAUUUCUUCUAUUGUUGAUAUACUUCCCAAAGAAAGCCAUUCCCACUCAGACCAAAGUUCCAGGAGUUCUCUAAUGAGUGAGAUGAAAAAUGCCCAGUCAAUGAGCCACAGAAAGAAGUCAUCUCCUAGUAAUGUGACUAAAAGGAAAAAACGUGUAUCAUCUUGGGAAUCAAAUAAUCCUGCAGACACUCCCUGUGUAACAGAUUUGGAUCAACAACAGAUUUCAAGUCCAAUAUUAAAUUGGAAUAAUGAAAUAAAAGAUUGUACUAACGAAGCAAAUAUUAAAAUGCAAAGAAACAUAAUGUGCCUUCCUGCCUCAUCUGAGUCUGCAAGUGAACCUACAGCAGAGGGCCUGAAUCCAGUUCAGGGUAAUGAUGACUUUCAAUUGCAAAAAACUGUGUAUGAUGGUGACAUGGAUUUAACUGCUAGUGAAGUAAGCAAAAUUGUUACAGUUUCAACAGGCAUUAAAAAUAAAAGAGAUAAUAAAAAACCAAAUGAUUGUGGAAUAAAAACUUUCAGAAAAGUGAAAGAUCCAAGCUCUGAAAAAAAGAGAGAAAGAUCAAAGAGACAAUUUAAAAAUAGUUCAGAUGUGAAUAUUGAGGACAAGAUCAAAAAUGGACCGGAAAGAAGAUCUGUUGUCCUGGAUGGCAAAGAGGAUUCAGAAGAACCAAAUUUUAUUUUCAGUACUGAACAGCUGACUCAGUUGAACAUGCCGAAGAAAAUAACCCUUCACAAUGGCUUUGAUCAGGAUGACAGACCAAGUACACAGUAUAACAAAAAGAGGAAAAUAAUUCAUGUAACAGAUGAUCAAGAGGAAAUAUACUCUUUCUCCCAAAGUUCAGAUAAAGUUGAGCAGGACAGUAAAUUUGAUAUGGGUCCUAGUUCUCUAGCUUAUAAGAAAAGUAAAACUUCUAGACAGACAUUUGUGAUUCAUACGUUAGAAAAAGAUAACUUAUUCCCAAACCAAAAGGUUAAAGAAACCACCUCUGAAAACCUAGGAGUCACAAGUGAAUUUCAAACAGUUUAUCUUUCCAGCAAAGAUAAUGGAAAGUUGUGUGAUUAUGAGACCCAAAAUAUGUUAGAUUUGAAAAAGCAUGUCACUGAUAGGCAACCCACUCAGCAAAAUGAACCAAAAAUAAAUAAGAAGCUUAGGCAGAAAAUAAAUCGGAAGACAGAAAUAAUUUCUGAAAUGAACCUAAUACUUGGGGAUAAUGCCAAAGAUGUGCAAGGCCCAGAAAAAGGUAACUUUUCCUUUCAAACCCGAGAGGAUAAAGAAAUCAUCUCUGGAAACCUAGAAGUUUCAAAUGACUUUCAAAAAUCUGGUGUUUCCACUAGCAAUAAUGGAAACCUGUGUGAUUGUGAGACCCAGAAUGUAUUGGGUCUGCAAAAGCAGAUCACUGACGUGUACCCUGUUCAGCAGAAUGAAUCAAAAAUUAAUAAGAAUCUUAGGCAGAAAGUAAAUCGGAAGACAGAAAUAAUUUCCGAAGUGAAUCUUCUAGAUAAUAACAGAAGUGGGUAUUGCCCAGAAAAGGGUAACUCUUUCUUCCUAACCCAGGAUAAAGAAGUUAUCUCUGAAAACCUAGAAGGCACAAGUGCGUUUCAAACACCUGCUCUUGCUUCCAAAGAUAGUAGAAACCUAUAUGAUUAUGACACUCAAAAUGUUUUGGGGGUGAAAAAGCAUGUUUAUGAUAUACAACCUGCUUGUCAAAAUGAAUCAAAAAUAGAUAAGAAGCUUAGGCAAAAGGUAUGUCGGAAGACAGAAAUCAUUUCUGAUAUCAACCAAAUAUAUAAGAAUCAUGACAAAGGAAUGCAUGACCCAGAAAAAGGUGCCUUCUUUUCCCUAACCCCAAAGGAUAAAGAAACCAUUUCUGAAAACCUAGAAGUCACAAAUGAAUUUCAAACGAUUUAUCUUCCCACCAAAAAUAAUAGAAAUUUAUAUAAGACCCAGAAUAUGUUGGAUUUGAAAAAGCAUGUCACUGAUAAGCAACCCGCUCAGCAGAAUGAAUCAAAAAUAAAUAAGCUUAGGCAGAAAGUAAGUCAGAAGACAGAAAGUAUUUCUGAAAUGUACCAGAUAUAUGAGGAUAAUGAUAAAGAUGUGCAUGGCCAAGAAAGCUAUACAAAAGAUCUUAAUUUUAAAAUAAAUAAAUCUAAACAAAGACUUGAAGGCCAAGGUAUUAGUGGAUACUGUAUGGAAAUCAACAGUAAUGAAAAAGAAAAUUGUGGUCAAAUUUCAAAACCUUACAAACCAGUUAAAAAGCAUGGGGAAGAAUCAUCAGGCAAGGCAAAGAACAUUUUGGCAAAAGGUAACAACAAACCUAUUUUGCACUUAACAGGUUCUUCACAGACGUCUGUCUCCUUAGAACUAGGUUUAAAACACACUACUGAUGAGACAGAUUCUGACCCUGGAAACCAAAUGGAACUACAUAAGAAUCCAAAGCAAAGCACUACAAUGCUGAAUAAAAAGAGAGAUAUCCCCUUCAUGGAAGUGACAAAGGAAGGAGAGUGCCAGGUCAAAAAAAUAAAUAAAAUGACAUCCAAAUCAAAGAAAAGGAAGACCUUCGUAGAUCCUUCUCCAGAUAGUCAUGAACUAAUGGAGAUAAUAUCUGACACCAUUCAGGGAAUAUCAGUUGAAUCUGAAUAUGCUGUUAAGGAAAAAAAAUUGGAAAAUGAGGAAAUUGUCAAAAUUAAGCCAGACUUUCACACAAAAAUGUUGAAAUCUUUAUCUCAGAUAUGUUCACCUAACAGACAAGAUUCUUCCUUUAACAGUGUUCCUGAGGGUUCAAAACCUUUGAGUAUUUCUUCUAGUAAAAAUCUGAAAGAAAAUUUUGCUCUGGAGAGCUCACCCGUCUUUCAAAUAAGUGAUGAUGUGCAUGAGAAGAUGAAAAAGAUGAAUUUUAAAGUCAACCAAAGAACACAAAGAUCAGAAAUAGGUAUUAGAAUGCUACAGGACUUGACAAAUACCAGUUUUGUUUCAAAUAACACUGCUAAAUCUGAAAACAAGUUAGAAGAUCUAUCUUCGGAGCUGUCAAGCCGAAGAAGAAGGUGUACUCCUCUCUCUUUAAAAGAGCCAAGUCUCAAAGGGAAGAUGAGAAGAUGAGUGAAUUUAUACAUUCUGGUUUUUCUGAAUUCUCAAACCAUAACAAGUCAAAACAAGGGUAUAACUAAGAUCAAGAAGAUGAAACGUAUGACAAAAAGUUUUGGGGUUUUUUUUCUUUUUCAUUUUCUGCCUUUUCAUGGAGUGUUUAUUCUUAUGUAUAGAUAAUAUGCAUAAAAUAGCUAUUUUGUAAUACAAACCUUUUAAAAUUAUUAUGGUCAUCCUAUAACAUCUUCCUGCUCAUUUAAGCUCCUUUCAACCAAACAACCUUUAAGUAAACAAUAGCUAUUAGCCUUUUAACCAAAUAAAAUGUAUUAUAAAUACUUUUGUAGUGGUUACCUUGUUGUACACCAAGCUAUCUUGUUUUGUUUUGUUUUUAAAACCAUUCAGUAAAUGUGAACACCUGUAAGAUUUUAAAAGUCACCUUCUGCCCUGGCCAGUUGUCUUUCACCCUCCGUUCUUCAACUUUCAAGAUUACUUCUUCAAUUGCAGCUUCUGUAUUACUUCCAUUAUAUGUAAUCUGAUGAGGGGUUGGCUGAGGGGUUAACCUCUCAGGCUCUUUUGAAUUUGGUUUUUAUAACUUUAAGUAGUAAAUCCUAUUCCUAUCUGAGGUUAAUGAACAUAGCUUACUGUAUUCAGAUGACUAGUCAAAUUCUAUUCUGCCUAUAUGGAAAAGUUUUCUUAGACAAUAUCCGACAACGAAAAGGGUGGGCCCAGAAAUCUGCAUUUUUAACAAACACUGCAGAUAAUUCUGGGGCAGAUUGUCCUAGGACCAAACUUUGAGAAACUGCUGUAGGACUACAGAGUCCCACAGAACUUACUCAUUAUCAACAGUGUUGGCUGAAUGGAGGCUAGAGGCUUUAUUAAAGGAACAGUUUACACAGUGGUUAAGAGCUUGGCAUCCUGACAGUCUGUUCCUUUCCUGUACUCCUAUUACUUUAAGGCUUCAGACCUCCUAGAGUCAUUCUCUGGUAUUAUGUUUCCUAUUGUUUAGUUCUAUUUUUUUCUCUUUUCCAUGAGGUUUGUCUUUUCUUUUUUUCUGUUCCCAUGCAAAUUAUUUUUCAUUGUAUGUAUCACACUUAUAAACCUUUUCUUUUAUUGUUGGCGGAAUUUGGUCACAGCAAGAAACAAAUUUCCUAUUCCCAUAUUAUAAAGACAUUUACCCAUGGUUCCAUUUUGUUUUUACAUUUAAAUUUCUGAUUCAUAUGGAUUUUGUUUCAUGGUGUGAGAUAGGAAUGCAAUUUUGACCUUUUUCCAAAUGAUUCCCCAUUAAUUAAAAAGUCUGUGUUUUCCACUACUGAUUUGAAGUGCCGCCUUUUUCAAUGUUGUAUUUCCAUGUACACUUACAUUUAUUUCUCAAUUUUCUGUUCCCUUUACUUGUCUGUGUUUCUUUUGAUGCCCCACUACCAUCCUCUUUAAAUUAUAGAGACUUUGUGGGAGUUUCAAAGUUUCCCUCAUGGAUGUUUUCCACAUUUCUUGAUGCCUAGGCAUUCUCUCUUUUUUCCUGGUAAUAUAAAUGGGAAAUAAACUCUGUUAUUGUUGCAGUAUUUUCUAGAUCUAUCUCCUGAAAACCAAGCUAUCUUUACUCCCUUUUUCUCCCCAAUUCUUAAUGCCUCUUGUUGCUUUCUCUUGUCUAACUGCAUGGCUGCUACCUUAUGUUAAAUGUUAAAUAGCAGUGACAAUAGUGGGUAUCCUUGUCUUGUUCAUGAUUUUCAUGGGAAUGCCUCUGGUUUUAUCCCAUUAAGUAAG